AUGGCUUCGUCACUUGGGCUCAGCUUCGCCAGAAACCACAUCUCCUAUUUUGCGAUUCCUGCUGCCUUCGCCUGCGCACAUAUACCGCAUCUGUACUCAGUCGUCGCUUCCCAAGGUGCCUACGACAAUUCCAAUCCACGGGCGCUGAAGGACAACAUCGCCUCCGCAAGCACCCUUGAUGAGGAGAUGAAGCAACGUCUCAUCCGUGCUAAAAGGGCGUCGGAAAAUAAUUACGAGACCAUCGGCCUCUUCGCUGCCGGCGUUGCUGCCGCGAAUCAGGCUGGUGCGCCAACAUGUGUUGUUAAUGCCUUGAGCUGGGGAUACGUUGGAUUCCGGAUCAUUUACAACUUCGUCUACAUCAACCUAGGCGGGAUCCGCGAGACGCAUUGGCUGCGCAGCGCCGUGUGGAGCGUAUGCAUGUGGUCCUCUGUUGGACUCUUCGUCGCGGCGGGAAUUUAUUCAACCAAGGGUGACUAUCAGUAUGAACUGGAGUUUGAGAACAUUUAA